AUGGCUUCUCCAAGCGAAUCAAGGCCCACGAAAGGAAGACCCGGGCGUCGUCGCCUUCCACGUCUCGCCCAAGGGCCCUCAUUGCAGUUUGUCACUGCCACUCAUCCAGACGAUUUUAGAGCUGGGGAGGUUAUGAGGAAUAUACGAUCACACGUCAUGUACAAACAUCGAGAGAACAGUGGAUCCUCGCCCACGGACUUGGGCAGCAGCCGGAGAGGCCCACGUAAUACGACACAUUCCUCAAGCCUGACAAGAACUGGCUCAACUACCAUGAGGCAGUACGAUACCAGCUGGGGGCGGGAUUCCCACGAUGUCCAGACUCCUUCGCCGUCCACAAAUCCGGUGCGAAGGCUUGCUGCUCAGAUACUUACCGGAGCAAGAUCAGUGCCUACUCGCAGCGCGUCCCCGAUUUGCGAAAGGGCUUCUGAAUACCCGUUUCCAGCCCGCGACACAAUGAGCCCUGGGCCCCUAGAGGACUUGAAGCACAACUGGAUCGCCACCACCGCCUUCUUCUGCCACAAUCAAACGUGGAUGAGAUAUGUCUGCGACAACUAUCUGUCAUUCCUCAGUCAUGUGCAUGCCUCCUUGGUCUAUCAGGAUCUCGAUGAAGGGUUGCUCUAUGAUAGCGAGCUCACUGUAUAUGGCAAGACUAUGAUAUUGAGACUGGUAAGCGACGGACUGGACACAGAUGAUGCUACCAUUAUCAGUAUACUACAUCUUCUCAUCAGCGAACUUGGUGGUCUUAACGAAGAUGUAUUCAACCUACAUCAAGAAGGCCUAGCAACAUGUUUGAGGAACUCGAGGGCUGGACUGAGCACCAACGUUGAGACAUUCAUGACCUUGGUUAUGCUUACCUUUGCCAUAUCAAGAGGACGACCCGAAUCAGCAGAACUCACCCCACGGCCAUCCGCUGAAGCCUGGUCCGAUACUGCCAGCCCGAUCUCUCCACUAUCUACCCCUUUGGAAAAUGUUCCACGAUUAUACCGUGGAUGCUCCGCUGGCACGAGUGAGAUUGUGGACGGCACACAACGGCGACCGGGGAGUUACGAAUUACAACUCCACCACAUUUACUCGCGACUUCUCUCAUUGCCCUCGACAAACGCCGACCUAGCACGGGACUGGAUUUACGAGAGCUGUCGCUUGGCCGCCUUGAUCUAUUGUCGGUCCAUCAUUCACGGGACAAGCUUUGCAGACUCGGCGAACACCAUGUACGCAAGCACCUCUGGAUCCAGGCCCGAUACCUUGCUUUCAGCCCUACACGAUGCUCUUGGAAGAACAGAUGUACAGAAUUGCUGGGGCUUUGAUCUUUCAGGCGUUUUUCUAUGGGUCACACUCAUAGGUGCAGCGGCAUCAUGGUCUUUGGAGGUUCCCUGGUCCGAAGCAACGCUGCAAUCCUUGCCGUGGAUGAGAAAGUGUUUUGCGCUCUAUGCGGUUCGCGCGGCCGUCUCGGUUCCUUUCGAGCAUGCCGAUACUACGAUAUUUGCUUUACGCACGAUGCUCCAAGUUCGACGAUGCCUGGCUGUCAAAUCCAGACACACGAUCGCUGAGCAGGCUUGA